UGUCCUUUCUCCUUCAAGCUUCUCAUCUGCAAUAUUCAUGGGAACCCUUUACAAAGAACCUCCUUCUAUCAUUCAAGACCUAAAGGUCACUCUACAGUAUUCUUCAAUAGUCUUUCCCUUAGAAGAAAUUGAGAGAAGGUCUAUGUUUCUAUCAAAUAUAGACCAAGUUCUUAAUUUCAAUGUAGAGACUAUCCACUUUUUUCCGGCCAACCCUGAUUUACCGCCGGAAAUUGUUGCCGAGAAAAUCAAAACUGCCCUUAGGAAAGUACUAGUGCCAUAUGAUUUUUUGGCCGGAAGGUUGAUGUUGAAUCCUCAGAAGGGUCGGUUAGAGAUUGACUGCAAUGCUGCCGGAGUCGGCUUCGCCGUCGCUACAAGUGAAGUGUCACUGGAUGAGAUUGGGGACUUGGUUUAUCCUAACCCAGCUUUUAUGCAACUGAUCAUGAGGAAUCCAGACAAUUUAGAUCCAGAUAACCAGCUACUUUGUUUUGUUCAGGUAACAUUAUUCAAGUGUGGCAGUUUCACCUUGGGUAUAUCUACCAAUCAUGUAACAUUCGAUGGAAUCAGCUUCAAACACUUCUUAGACAAUCUUGCUUCCCUUGCUGGUGACAAACCCUUAGCUGUCACACCUUGCAAUAAUCGUCAACUCCUAGCAGCUAGAUCUCCUCCAUGUGUCAUGUUCCCUCAUCCUGAGCUAGUAAACUUUGAAAUCCCUCCUGCAACAACACUAUUUGAAGCUAAACCAGAAGACCUUGAGUUCAAUAUUUUCAGGCUUAGUUCCAAAAACAUUUCAGACUUAAAGGAGAAAGCAAAGCUUGGGUUAAACAAAAAUGGCAGCAACACCCGUAUCAUGAGUAGCUUCAAUGUUGUCACAGCCCAUGUAUGGCGUUGCAAGGCCCUUUCAGGAGACAUAAAAGGAAACCAAGAGAAAACUUCAACUCUCCUUUAUGCAGUUGAUAUUAGGGCAAGACUUUGUCCACCACUCCCUUCAUCUUACACUGGAAAUAGUGUUUUAGCUGCAUAUGCUUGCACGAAAAUCGGCGAAAUCGAAAAUGCUUCAUUCUCCUACUUAGUAGAGAUGGUAUCAGAAGGAGCUACAAGAAUGACUGAUGAGUAUAUUAGGUCUGCAAUUGAUUGUGGUGAAAUGAGCAAGAGGUUCCCACAUGGUGAUCUUCUCAUAUCUUCAUGGUGGAAAUUAGGGUUUUCUAAUGUGGAUUACCCUUGGGGAAGACCUAAGUACAGUUGUCCUGUGGUACGCCAUAGGAAGAACAUUAUAGUGUUCUUCCCAGAUAUUGAAGGAGCUAGCUUUGAUAAUGGAGUUAACAUUUUAGUGGCUCUUCCUUUCAAGGAAAUGGAGAAGUUCCAAGCCCUCUUCAAUAACUCCCCUGCAUAACUUUUUUUUUUUUCUUUCUCUCUUUUGUGUCCAAGUCUAAGGGAUAUUUUUUAU